GGAUCGUUUGUUUGUUAACAAAUACUUGGAGCGUACCUUAUUUCCUUUGGAGUCACAAAACCAUAAUUAUUUACAAAAUCAUGCCAACGUCCUCGUGAUUUUACUAUAAAUUGCUGGACAAUAUGUUAGCUCCUGUGCCAUCACCAACGGGUUUCGAAAGGCGAAGUGUUUCUGCAUCGCAAGCUUCUCUUAGUCGAACAGGUUCUCUUGGUGGUACAUUAAGACGUGGAGCGUCGUUGAGACAUGAACCUCGACCUUUUGUCUCCAGAAAUCCAAUUAAAGAAGAAGAUUUAGACGUGCUGUUGAACUGGGAGAGCGACAAUAACAACGAUUAUUGGCAGAAGAUAAAAAGUGUUCGUGAGGGAACCGUGUGGAAGAAAGAAAUAGAAGAUGAUAAUACUUGGGUUUUGAAAGCUCAACUCACAGCUGAAAACGUGCCUUUCAAACGAACCGUUGAACUUGUCACUGACGUGAAACAUAGAAAAGAAUGGGAUUCCUUACAUUCAAAUCUUGAUGUUGUUGAAACAGUUGGAAAUGGAAAUUUUAAAAUCGUGUACAGUCAAAUGAAGAUGCCUGCAUUUUGCAAGAAACGAGAAUUAUUGGAAGCAAUGAGCCAGAGAGCUAGUGAAAAAGAAAGCAACUGCUAUCAUAUGUUAGCCUUCCGUAGCACUACACAUCCAAGUGUGCCUCCUUCCAAGGAUUUAAUUAGGGCUGAUGAUCAGCUAUCAGGUAUCAUAAUACGACCUGUUGGUGACGGAACGUCAAGCUCUAAAAUAAGCUUUAUAUAUCGAGUAAAGUUUCGAGGUUCGGCGCCUCGGGGGAUAAAGAAAAGCUACCUCGCUAAUCAAUCUAUCACUAUGUUACGUAGAAUGAAAAAAUAUCACGACAAAAAGAGACUGGAAGAAAGAAUAGGAAGAGUAUGAAAUAUCAGUUUAAGUUACGCAUACUGAUCACACAAAGAUUUGAGUUUUUGCUUGGAUGCAAUGAACUGUAAGCCAGAAUUGUAUUUGCAAUUUAGUGGAGAGUUUAUUUAAGGGUAUGAAGACAGAGGUCAAAGAAAGAUUGUAGACCAUGACAUUUAAAUCAUUUUAAUUGUAAAUCAUCAAGUUUUA